AUGGAUGUAUCAGAAAUUCCUCUGUCUGCUAAAAUUAAGCAAGAACUCGAUGAUAUUUUUGAAGUUCCCAUGCAGACUGAAGCUGCUGAUGUUCAAAUAACUGAAACUGUACUUGGCCGUUCUAGUAGAAAAACAAAAAAGACUGGCUUGAAAAAUCGAUCUGAAGAUCCUGACAUGGUUGAGAUACAUUCUGAUGAAGAAUGUCAAGCUGAUGAAAAUCCUCCCCCUGUUGUUUUUUCUAAAGGGGUUAAUCCACCUAAAAAAGAAAAGGAUUACACAGUAAUAGGAGAUAAUAAACCUUUCGAAAGCAUGGUAUCUGCAAAUGCUGAACCCGAACUUCCACGAAACCUAAUGAAGAUUCAGAUAGUGUCUCUUAUUUGUAAAAAGAAAUUAUCUGUUUUUCUGCAGCAGAAUCAGAAAACUGGAGUAAAAAAUUUCAAGAAGUUUAAAAAAGUGCAUCCUGUAAAAGCCCAAGUUUUACCUAGGAUUAUUGGUUCUCAUGAACUUGUACCUUAUGAUAAAAAUUCACUAAGAGUGUCCAAUAUAGACUGGGAUGAGCCUCAGCAGGAUGAAGUGUUUCAACCUGUAAAAGGAGAAUUUGACUGGGAAACUCCAGUUAACUGAAUUCCAGUCUGUAUUAAUGGAAGCUGCUUUUAAAUAAAAUUCUAUGAUUCAGAUUUUAUAUUUAUAUGUAACUGUGUGUUGCCUGUUUUUGGGAAUAAAAAUAAUAUUUUUUAAUGU